GAUCAGAGAGAGAGAGAAAGAGCGAGAGAAGCUGAUUGAUUAUGGCGGCUGCUUCGAUUUCUGCAACUGGAUGUAAUCAAACUUUGCUCAGAACUUCCUUCUAUGGAGGUUGGGGAAGUUCCAUCUCCGGAGAAGAUUACCAAACCAUGCUCUCCAAGACGGUUGCGCCACCGCAACAAGCCAGAGUCUCACGAAAAGCAAUCAGAGCAGUACCUAUGAUGAAGAAUGUUAAUGAAGGCAAAGGCUUAUUUGCACCACUUGUCGUUGUCACACGCAACAUAGUAGGCAAGAAGAGGUUUAAUCAGCUCAGAGGAAAAGCCAUUGCCUUACACUCUCAGGUGAUCACUGAGUUUUGCAAAUCGAUUGGAGCUGAUGCUAAACAGAGACAAGGGCUUAUCAGGCUUGCUAAGAAGAAUGGAGAGAGGCUUGGCUUCCUUGCUUAGGUUUUAAAAAGAACAAAUCUUUCUCUCUGCUUUUGUCUGUAUACACUCACUCUCUCCUUGUUGUUCUUGUCUAGAUGUAUUUUGUCCAAAUCUAUAAUCUUGAUUUUUGUUACAUUGCCUUUUGAGGGUUACUCAACACACAUAACUGCUGCCAUUCUCAUCUGAAAGUUGUGUCAUGUGUAUAACACUCUGAUACUACUCUUAAAACAUCAUGAAUCUCUGAUAACAAAUGUUCAAUAAGGUC